AGUCAUUGUUGGUUGCAGUUCAGGUGAGCAGAUAGUCAGAGCUGGUAGACGACGUGAACAGUGGCUGAAUGUCAGAGAAGCCUCACUGAUAAAUACUCAUAUCAGGACUGAAUUUGGACACUUGGAAAUUCAAGAGUUAUGAGACGAAAGGCCAUACUUUGCUUCGUGCUGCAGCUCAUUUUUGAGCUUUCGUCAUGCACAGAAAUCCUGGUGAUACCUGGCUCUAAGCUGGAGCUGCCCUGUCUCGCAUCUGAGAAUUACUUCACUGAAAUAGAAGAAAUCACAUGGAAACACAACGGUAACGUCAUAUUUCACCAUUUUCAGCCAGCCAAUUCACAAUUCUACUUCCACAUAUCCCCCGUAACUUCAGCCAGUCAGGGUGAGUACGAGUGUCUGGCAAAGGGGAGCGAUGUGGAACUGAUACGGACAUUUAACGUCACUGUGGAUGGACUUAGUAUCUAUCAAAUGAAAGCAUUUGAAAAGUCAGAUGUUAAACUCCCAUGCGAUAUCCCACGUUCCAGAGAAGUCAGUGCCAAUGCACUGUGGUUCAAAGUGGAAGGCAAGGGGGAAAAAAGAAUGCUGAAUCUUGAAGAUGACCCAACAGAUGAUGAGAAAAAAUUUAGUCUGAUUUAUCCCGAAGACAAUGAUCAGACCAUGAACAUCAGAAACAUUGGCAUGGAGGAUGCUGGCAUUUAUCACUGUGAACUGGAUGAUGGGGAAAAGCUCAGCAUUGUAAACGUUAGUGUUGAAGUUCAGCCUACGUCUUCUUCUCACACGUGCCAAGGCUCCACCUCACCAUGGGAACCCUGCCAGGACGAGAACAGUCGCACAGGAGAACCCACACUGCAGGAGUCCAUGGCAGAGUUUGCAAUGAAGCUGUACUCUUACCUCAAAGAAUCAUAUCCUUCUACCAACUUGCUCUUCUCUCCCGUGAGCAUCAGCGGGGCACUCUCCCAUUUGUUGUUAGGUGCAAGGAACGACACCCGUAAGGCCAUUGAGAGCGCUAUCUGUGUGCCUCACGACUUCCACUGUGUUCACCUCCUGAUGAAGAAGCUGAGAGAGAAGCUGGACAGUUCUUUGCAGAUGGCUUCUCAGAUCUACUACAAUCCAUAUAUGAAUCUGAGUAAGACCUUUACCGACCAAUCCAUUCAGUUCUAUGAUGCGAAGCCCACUGAGUUGCUGAAUACCACUGAGGAAAACACACGGAUGAUCAAUAGCUGGGUGGCAGAAAAGACCAAAAAUAAAAUCACAAAUUUGGUUGACUCUGUCCCAUCAAGUUCACAGCUGAUCCUGCUCAACGCCGUCUCCUUUACUGGUCAGUGGAAGGUCAAGUUUAAUCAAAAAGAAAAAAAAGGAUUUUUCACAAAACUGAAUGGUGAUGUGGUAAAGGUGCCUCUUCUCUAUCACGAGAAGUACAUGGCAACUAUGAUUUAUGCUGCUGAGCUAAAGGCACAGGUGGCGAGGUUUGCUCUCACAGGUGACAGCAGUCUUUACAUCCUGCUGCCUCUCAGCAACACAGUGGCAGCACUGCAGCAGGUGGAGCACAAGAUGACAGACAUGGCUGUGCGUCAGAUGAUAGAAAGCAUGAAAGCAACAUCUCCUCAGACUAUGGAGGUCACUCUGCCCAAAAUCAAACUGGAUAUCCAGCCAGACAUGAACAUGCUUCUCAAGAAACUAGGGCUGUCGGCACUUUACGAGGGUGUCGAACUGUGCGGCCUCUACCCUAUGGAGAAACUGUUUCUGGACGACGCCAAGCACAGAGCCUUCCUCGCACUGACCGAGCAAGGAGUGGAGGCCGGCGCCGUCACCAGCAUGUCGUUCUCUCGCGCCUUCCCUUCCUUCUCUGCCCUGCGGCCUUUCAUCAUGCUGCUGUGGAGUGACCACACCAAUGUGCCGCGCUUUAUUGGCAGGGUGACCGAGCUGUGAGAGGAGAACGUUACAUAGGAGGUGUGCUGGAAAUGUCAGGCAAUGUUUAACAAAGGCUGCUUUGCUGCUGUGUGUGAAGUAGUCUUAAAGUAAUUUGAUUUUUUUUUUUUUUUUGUCUGAAAGAUGCAAUGUUUUUAACUCAGAAUCAAUGUUGCUUCAAGUAGCCUAGUUAUAAGCAGUGACUUAAAAACACACACAUAUACAGGCCUUGAUGUGGAUUAGCUUUCAAGAUGAUGAUAAAUAAACACAUAUCUACACAAUA